AUGGAUCAGUUUAUGCUGCAUAAUGUUGAAAUACAACAUGAUGGAAACAAUUAUGCUGUGAACACAAUGAAGAUCAACGAGGCCAUUUCAUACAAGUACGGCUGUAGUUUUGAGGACAGUGAGGGUGAAGCUCGCAUUUACAAUAGCAGCAGAAUCAAUAGCAAUAUCUUUACAAAAGCCAAGUUGAUGAGUAUUCAUCUCUCUCAAAUAAUUCUUCAGCACAGAAUUUCUAUAGCAGCUUACAGAGACAUUAACCUGGGACUAAGAUCAGCCACCAAAACUGUUGAUUCUUUGCUUAAGUCCAAGUCAAGUGUCAAGGGUCAUGAGUAUGAUGUCUGUCUUAGUGGUUGCCUAUUAUAUGUGAUUAAUGACAAUUAA